AUGGCUGUGCCCGAGCUAUCCUGUUCGGCGGGGAGCAGCCGGAGGAGCUGGCGGAGCCAUCAUUCCGGAAGCUUUCGGGAGUUGUGGACCGACCCAUCGGACGUAUUCCACUCUAGGAGGGACGACGAGGAUGAUGAAGCCACUCUACGAUUGGCAGCCCUGGGGAAGCUAUCCGGGUCGCGGAGGGAAGUCGAGCAGUACCUGCCGGGGCGCGACGCCGUCGACCUCGCCUCUUUUAGCAGCCAGGACGGGAAGAUCUUCAUCGACAGUGCCCGAGAGAUUGUCGAGGAUAAUGAGGGGCUCCUCCGCCGCCUCAGGGAACGAAUAGACAGGUCGGUUUUUCUUUCUUUCUAUUUAUAUGUUUAAUCGGUUAGUAGGUAUGAUCUCUUUUAUUUUGAUUUAUUUUUGAACGUGCAACAGUGUGGGGAUUGAAAUGCCGAAGAUCGAAGUCCGGUUCGAAAAUCUGUCGGUAAAAGCAGAUGCAUACGUGGAAGGAGGGCUCUUCCCACGUUACUAAACUCCAUAAUCAACGCAAUAGAAGUCCGAAUCUCAUUGUCAUCCUUUCUUCUUUAUUUCUAAUUCAUGUUUCCUCUUCCUAUUCCACUAAUCUUAUUUUAGGACGAUCUUAGAGGUGAAUUUCCGUCUCAUCCCGCAGGGAAUUGUCGGAUUGGCUGGUCUGUCCCUCUCCAAAAAAGUGGUCAAUAAGAUCUUAACAGGUGUCGCGGGAAGUUUGAAGCCUUCAAGGUACGUCGACGGAGCCGUUACAGUGACAGCAAUAAAACUAGUGAAAUAAUAGGAAUUCGGAACUCUGAAGAUAAUAUCCUUCUGAAAAUUAUUUGAGAGGGCCUUUCUCCGUCCGAGAUGCCUCCUCUUAAUCUCUACUUGGAAUCAGUAGUCAGGACGAGAAGAGCUCUCCUCGGUCCGUUUGAUCCAUAAUUUUUUCAUUCAGGAUGGCUCUUCUUCUCGGUCCCCCCGGAUCAGGGAAGACAACUCUAUUAUUGGCUCUUGCAGGAAAGCUAGACAAGAGCCUCAGGGUAAAGUUGAACCUAAUUAAUUAAUUGCAUGUCAAUUGGCCUUCUACUCUUUUUGACGAAUCAAAUCGUUUAACAGGUAGAUGGCGGAAUCUCAUACUGCGGUCACCAGCUGUCGGAGUUCGUCCCCCAGAGGACCAGUGCGUACAUAAGUCAACACGAUCUUCACCUCGGGGAGAUGACCGUUAGAGAAACUUUAGGUUUCUCUGGGCGGUGUCUGGGCGUCGGAUCCAACCACGAGAUGCUGUCGGAAAUGUCGAGAUUGGAGAGGGACGCUGGAAUAUAUCCAGACCCUGAAAUUGAAACCUACAUGAAGGGUACCAUGUCACGAGACCAUGGCCGAAGUGUAGCCAUGGAUCACAUUCUCAAGGUCUUCCCUUUUCUCUAGUUCUUCAUGUUUCCCUUUCUUAUUAUCUGAGAAUACGUUCUGACGUAUUAUUGAUCGAUCCGGAAAACGUUGUGGGCAGAAGCUCGGACUGGAAACGUGUGCGGAUAUCUUAGUGGGUGACGAAAUGAGGCGAGGAAUCUCCGGGGGACAGAAGAAACGUGCGACUGUCGGUAAGCGAGCGAUAACGGAGAUUGGGGACCAACAGAAAUUCAUCCUUUUUAAGGACGAUCAUCUAGUUAUCAGGCCGCCACAUGCACAAUAAUAAAACGUAACUCGUCAAUUCGCUAGUCACUUGUAGGUUUCGUUAAUAUUUUACCACAGAAUCUUACUGCAACUUUCUUUGUGCUUCCAGUUGAGAUGCUGGUUGGACAGCGAGAGCCCUAUUCAUGGACGAGAUUUCUAAUGGUUUGGACGCCUCCACAACCUUUCAGAUCGUGAAGUUCCUGAGGCAGAUUGUUCACUCUCUGGACACAACCAUGGUUAUCUCUCUUAUUCAGCCGGCUCCCGAAACCUUUGACCUUUUCGAUGACAUCAUCUUGCUGUCGGAGGGGAAGAUCGUAUAUCAGGGUCCUCGUGAGAAGGUCCUCGAUUUCUUUGAGUUCAUGGGCUUCAAAUGCCCCGAAAGGAAAGGGAUCCCUGACUUUCUUCAGGAGGUGACGUCUAGAAAAGAUCAAGAGCAAUAUUGGACACACAAGGAACGACCGUACAGGUACAUGUCAGUUAACGAGUUCGUCGAAGCUUUCGACUCGUUCUACGUUGGCCAGCAAAUGAAAGGAGACCUUGAGGUGGCUUGUGAUAGAUCCAAAACUCAUCCAUCUGCAUUAGCUAAGGACAAAUACGGCGACACUAGCUGGGAGCUCUUCAAAGCAUGCUUUACGCGAGAGUGGUUGCUGAUGAAAAGAAACUCAAUUCUCUAUAUAUUUUAAACCGGCCAACUGAUAUUCCUAGCUGCGCUUGGAACCAGUGUUUUCCCGAGGACACAGAUGCACCGCGAGUCGAUCGCCGAUGGGGGGAAGUAUUUGGGGGCGCUAUUUUACGGCCUGGUUAGCGUGAUGUUUAAUGGGAUGGCGGAGAUCAUAAUGACUGUUCUGGGGUUGCCUGUCCACUAUAAACAGAGAGAUUUAUUAUUCUAUCCUUCUUGGGCGUUCGGCUUGCCAUUGGUUCUCCUGAAAGUUCCGAUCUCACUUUUGGAAUCAGUCAUCUGGGUCUCUAUCACCUACUAUGGAAUGGGGUUUGCGCCCCCCGCCGGGAGGUAAGACGAUACGCCACCCUGUGCUUUGUGUCAUUGUGGCGUCUGAAAACAUCAUUUGCAUGCUGGUCAUCUUGAUUUAUUUUCAAGUUGAACUCCCAUGGUUUUGUGGCGAUCACUGAUUGGACGGUGACUACGGAUUCAACUGAUAGUCUUCCGAUCAUUUCAGAUUUUUCCGGCAAAUUUUGGCGUUGUUUUGGACGCAUCAGGUGGCUAUGGCUUUGUUUCGGUUCAUAGGCGCAGCUGGAAGAUCGAUGGUCGCUGCCAACUCCGUCGGUGUUUUUGGCUUGGUCAUAAUGUUUACGCUAUCAGGAUUUGUGAUAUCCAAAGGUAAUAAAAUCGAUACCAUUAUUUCGCGCCUCCAUAAAGGCAUGUAUGUUUGAAUAUAGUUACCAAAUGAGUUGUUUUGUCGAUUCACUGAAUGUUUACGAUCAGGACUUCUCAUUUCUAAAGCUAUCUGGUCCGUAUCAUUGUUUCACACUUGAUAUACGGCAUCAAUAUCUGUGUUCGAAUAUAGUCCGUGAUACAUUGCUAUAUAGGCCAUCACUUCGCGUAAGUGUGUACUGAACACGAGGUGAUUUGCCUCUUUUUGCUCUAAGAUGACCUCGACGCGUGGUGGAUAUGGGGCUACUGGACCUCCACAAUGAUGUACGGGCAGAAUGCUCUGGCCAUCAACGAGUUUCUUGAUUCCAGCUGGGGCAAGGCAAAAUUCCUCUCUCAUGCCUAGUUGAUCGUUAUAUUUCUUCCGUGGUAGAUAUCAUUGUCCAUCUUCGCAUAAUUAAUGAAUCUAACGGGCGAUGGCAUUUCUGCGCGGGACAGCCGAACAACGAGACCAGCAUCGAUGCCCCCACGGUGAGAACGGCACUUCUCAAAUCCAAGGGAAUGUUUGUGGAUGGCUACCGGUACUGGAUAUCCAUAGGAGCUCUGAUAGUUCUCACUGUAUUCUACAACCUCGGCUUCGUUGCUUGCGUGGCUUACCUGGACUGUAAGUGAUAAUCGUUUAUUGCCGUACUUUUUCAUACAAACUAAGCCCUCGUUUCGUCGUCAAGUGUUGCUUGCGUUUUAUUAUUAGAAAUUGCAGCCGCUUACAGUGGUUUUCUCUGUCAUGGACACCGAAAAAUGAGCGACUUAUCAAAUAUUAUAGUCACCUUUGGAAGCGCAUUAGCAGAGAAAUGUCUAUUAAUCAUUUUUACGUUUCGGAAGCUGAGCAUCGCUACUCCUUCCAUUUCCGGAUAGAGUUUUCUCAAUGCAGGGUUAAUGAUGACAUGAAAAAACUGAUGUGACAUGCAGCUGUGGAGGAAUCCCGAGCCCUCGUCAUAAAUGACGAAGAACAAACAAAACUACAGGGGUUGUCGCCACCGCAGUGCUCCGAAAGAACUGGAGGGAUUGCGCCCAACGGUACCAGAUUUUUCUUCCUUGCUCUCUGCUCUGACGCAUUUCAAGCUGUUCCUCCCUAAUAAUCAGUCGUCUGACCUAUCUAUCUCCAGGUACUCGCGCAAACGGCGGUUUUCGUUCAAUCAUGUGAACUAUUACGUCGACAUGCCCGCUGUAAGUUUGUUCAUAUUUUCCUAUGAUUUCGACAAACUGUUUACCUUUUGAAACUUGCAUACUUAUUAAUAAAACAACUACUGAUGUAUAGAUCGCUCGGAUAAAAUGUGUAUAAAAUAUGAACAAGUUUGUUUAUCGAACCUUUUAGAUCAUUACACAAUUAUGAUCAAACAUCAAAUCACGAUAAAGUACUCACUCAUUCGUUAACACAUAAAGGUCUUGUUCAAUUAGGACUGUCGUCCUCUUUUAAUCAGGAAAUGAAGGGCCAGGGGAUUGAAGAAAUCCGUCUCCAGCUGCUCUGCGACGUCAGCGGCGCCUUCAGACCAGGAAUUCUAACGGCAUUGGUCGGCGCUAGCGGAGCCGGGAAGACAACACUUAUGGAUGUUCUAGCCGGGAGAAAAACCGGAGGAUACAUCGAGGGAGACGUCUCCAUCUCCGGGUAUCCCAAAAACCAGACGACCUUUGCGAGGGUCACCGGCUAUUGCGAGCAGAACGACAUACAUUCUCCAAACGUCACCAUCUACGAAUCACUCGUCUACUCUGCGUGGCUGCGUCUACCUCCCGGCGUGAAACCAGAAACAAAGAAGGUGCGUUUGAUGAACUUCCCUUUCUUUCACAGACUUAAUCUCAACUCCUCCAUUCUCAUUCCUCAAACUGUUAAGUCCUCGGACAUCGCUGCCAUACCUCGGCACCUUCUAUAUCUUCCAGGUGUUUGUGGAGGAAGUGAUGGACUUGAUUGAACUGGACCAACUGAGGGACGCUCUGGUGGGUCUCCGGGGAGUGAACGGCCUCUCCACCGAGCAGAGGAAGAGGUUUACGGUCGCCGUUGAGCUGGUCGCAAAUCCUUCCAUCAUCUUCAUGGACGAGCCGACUACGGGUCUCGACGCCAGGUCGGCGGCUAUCGUCAUGCGAACCGUGAGGAACACGGUGAACACGGGAAGGACCGUCGUUUGCACAAUUCACCAACCCAGCAUCGAUAUAUUUGAAUCUUUUGAUGAGGUGCAAUUUUUAUUCGUCGCAAUUCAUUUCUGAUCGUACGUUAUACGCACUUAUAUGCUGUAAUCCACUGAUUUUCGUAGCUAAUUUUGAUGAAAUUGGGAGGGCAAGUCAUAUACGCGGGGCCACUCGGACAGAGUUCCCGGAGACUUAUUGAGUACUUUGAAGUAAGUUCCCCGCUGCCGCAGUCUGAUACACGGUAUGUGUUCUGAUUAUGUCAAUAACUGUCGCUUGUGCAGGCGAUUUCAGGGGUUCCGAAGAUUAAGGAGGGUCAGAAUCCUGCCACUUGGAUGCUCCAGAUCAGCGUUCCUUCAGUGGAAGCUGACCUCAAUCUUGAUUUCGCAGACGUCUAUUCGAGAUCCUCGUUGUAUCAGUGAGUCGGAUGAGGCGCUGACCAGAGAGCUGAAUAUAGUUAAUUGGGCACGUCUCUUGAUUGAACCUGUUCCCGUAUGUUUCAGGAAAAAUCAGCAGAUGAUCGAGGAGCUGAGCACUCCUGCACCUGGUUCCCAGGAUCUCUAUUUUCCCACGAAGUGCGCCCAGAGUUUUGUCACUCAGUGCGCGGCCUGCUUCUGGAAACAGUACUGGUCCUACUGGAAGAACCCCUCGUACAAUGCCGUUAGAUUCUUCACCACAGUUGUCAUGGGUCUUUUAUUUGGCACCCUUUUCUGGAACAAGGGCCAACAGACGUAAGUUGAUUAGUUCUUUACAGAAAUCCAUUCCAACAGCGUUGAAUGAAAAGAAAACCUCAAACAAAGCUAUUUUAAAAACGAAUGAAGCGAGUUGGAAACAUAUUUGACAUUCGUCGUCGUUGAAUGUGCUUUUUAAUCAUGACUUUUGGUCGUUGUGGCGUGAACAGGAGUACCCAACAAGACGUGUUGAAUCUCAUGGGAGCUGUGUACUGUUUUGCUUUCUUCCUCGGAUUCACUAUUGGCGCAACGGCGCAGCCCGUGGUGGCUAUUGAGAGAACGGUCUUCUAUCGUGAGAGAGCAGUGGGCAUGUACUCGGCCCUUGCCUAUGCCUUUGCUCAAGUCAGAAAAAAGUUCCCCCCCUUUUCUUAUUAUUUUCAACAUGAUUUAACAAUGCCGCAAAUGUAUCAAUUUCGGUUGUUAAUUGGUCGCACUGUUCGUGUUUUUGGCAGGUGGGCAUCGAAGUUAUCUAUAUUGCAGGUCAAGCCCUACUGUACUGCCUUAUCUGUUACUCCAUGAUAGGUUUUAGCUGGCAAGUGGACAAAUUCCUGUGGUUCGUCUUCCUUGUGUUCAUGUGCUUCCUCUACUUCGGGGCACAAGGGAUGACGUCGAUAGCGAUCACCCCGGCAUAUCCAGUCGGUAGCAUUGUAAUGCUUCUCUUCUUCAACUUUUGGAACAUCUUCAGCGGUUUCCUCAUCUACAGACCAGUAAGUUAACUAUUAAAUUAUAAGCACGUUAGAGGAUAUAAGAAAAACGUAUCACGAAAAUAUAUUGCCUUACUUUACUCAUAUUCAUCUCAUUUUCAGUGGUUAUUGUUUAUGAUGGGCUUUUGGCUUGUGAUCGCAUUAAUGUUGUUUACAUGGCUGAAGACACCAGACUUUGCCUUGCCGAUGUGAUACAUAGAACAAUCUAGACAGGAUAAAUGUAAUGAAAAUUUAGAAAAAUUUCUUCCAUUACCUUUCUGCUGGUUUGCCCGUGAGAUUAGCUUUCUGUCAUAAUCACAUAAUGAUGAUACACCCAUCGAAUGAGUUUUGUUCCGGCUGUCUGCAGAUGCUUCCGAAGUGGUGGAGAUGGUGCUACUGGACUUCACCGGUGGCUUGGACAAUCUAUGGGUUGAUAGUGUCUCAGUUUGGGGAAAGCGAGAAGAUGCUUCGAAUUCCAGGGCUGUCUUGCAUGACGGUCAAGGCCUUCUUAAAGGAGGUGCCGGGCUAUGAGCGUAGUUUCUUGGGGUACGUGGCAUUGGCCCACGUCGGCUUUAUGAUUUUCUUCUCCUUAAUCUUCACCUUAGGCAUCAAGUUUCUCAAUUUCCAAAGGCGGUAG